AUGGCCGACGCAGAGCUUGAAGAGAUCAGACGGGCCCGUCUUGCCCAGCUUCAGCAACAAGGUGGUGGCGCACGUGGUGGCCCUUCGGACGGCAACCAGGAGGAACAGAGAAGGCAAGCUGAAGCCGACCGCCGCGCCACUAUCCUGAACCAGAUCCUCGAGCCCGAAGCCGCCGAUCGUUUGGGUCGCAUCCGCCUUGUUAAGGAAUCCCGCGCUGCUGACGUCGAAUCCCGUCUCAUCAUGCUCGCCCAGUCCGGUCAAUUGCGCCAGAAGGUCACCGAGGACCAGCUCAAGCAGCUGCUGAACGCCAUGGCCGAGAACCAGCGCAAGGAUGAGGAGGAGCACAAAAUUGUAAUCAACCGACGCGGCGGCUGGGAUGAUGAUGACGACCUGUUGGAUCUGUGA